AUGCGAUCGAGUAUAUGCGAACUUUUUCUUUUGAGCAAUUUGAGCUUUUUUGGACGAUGUAACAGAGAGAAACCGCCAUGCAAAUAUUUUCAUCCGCCUCAGCAUCUCAAGGAUCAACUUUUAAUAAAUGGCCGAAAUCAUUUGGCAUUAAAAAAUGCUCUUUUGCAACAAAUGGGUUUAACCCCUGGACAAACCCUUGUCACUGGACAGGUUCCCACAGCGGUGGCAACGAAUCCAUACUUGACAGGUAUGCCGCAGGUCGGAAGCACGUUCAAUCAUUUUUUCACUCCUGGACCGAUGAUGCACACGAUUGUCGGACCUGAUCCCGCUGUUGGUUCGCCUUUAGGGGUUGUGCCACAAACCAUUGUGCCGCAAAAACUUCCCCGAUCAGAUCGACUCGAGGUGUGCCGCGAAUUCUUGCGCGGGGCGUGCAAGAGGCCAGAGGGUGAGUGCCGCUUCGCGCACCCUCCUGAGACCGUGACGGCAAACGAAGACGGUACUGUCACGGUCUGCAUGGACGCCGUGAAAGGGCGGUGCACCCGCGACCCCUGCCGCUAUUUCCAUCCCCCUCUGCACCUCCAAGCUCAUAUCAAGGUCGCACAGUCGCGCGUCACCGCGGUAGGCAUUACCUUCUAUCGCUUUUGUUUUUUUUUUUUUUUUUCAUUUUUUUUUUUUGUUUUUUGUUGCCUGUUUGUUGUGUUAAACUUUGAACUUUAA